UGACAUAUGAAUUGUGAAGAACUACCACACCUUUCGACCCCGAUCGCGCGGAAAAUUGCACUAUUCUCCGGCCCUAGUCGAGCUGUAUACCGUGCCAGUCUGACACCAAUAGCAAAGCUACCGGCAAUUACCUGCUCCGCUUGCACACUCACGAGAGCACGCGCAGAAGCGAUCUACGAACUGCUAGGCUUCACCCGAGCUUGAGGUGUGAAGAGAUUGAGGCCCAAGCCGACACCGAAAGGACGUUGUCAGUAUCGGUGUCGUAAAUCGGGUGCUUUUCUCAGCCUACGUCAGUAACUUAGGCGCUCACGAUCGCUCUUGUUUCUAUUUACCAAGCCGUGCGCUGAGCGCCCGAAUCCUCCUCUCUCCCUCCACAAUCAUGAGGCUCACAGCCGAUCUAAUCAAUAACUCUCUGUCCUACAUAAAUCCACUCAAGGAGCGCGAGCUCGACCUCCGAGGCCAUAAAAUCCCUACCAUUGAAAACCUUGGUGUUGCGGGUCCGCAAGAUGCCAUCGACUUUACAGACAACGACAUCGCCACAAUCUCCAAUUUUCCUCUCUCACCCCGUUUAAACACCCUAUUAUUCGCACGGAACCGGAUACAAGGCGUCGACAAGAGGAUAGCAGAGCAAUUACCGAACUUGACGACACUAGUUCUCACGUCAAAUCAUGUCAAAGAGUUGGCGGACCUCGAGGGAUUAAGCCUGUGCGGGAAGUUAACACACCUGAGUCUACUAGAAAAUCCGGUGACGAGGAAAGAGCACUACAGAUCAUACCUCAUCUGGACGAUCCCCUCGUUACGGUUUCUCGAUUUCCAGAAAGUUCGCGACGCCGAAAGACAGCAAGCCAACGAGUUGUUCGGGACUGCUGACACACCGUCGGAAUUGGCGGCCAAAAUCAAAGGCAUCAAGACAAGGGCUUUCGAUGUGCCUGGUGCGGGUGUCAACGGGAGUGCUGAGAGCAAACGCAAGGGUGUGCGGACACAAUUGACAGAGACGGAGAAGAAGAGGGUGCAAGAAAUGAUCAAGAAUGCAAAGAGUCUUGCAGAGAUUACAAGGAUAGAAAAGGACCUUGCUGAAGGGAAGAUACCUGCUGGUGCUGCUGAUGCCGACAGAAUGGUGUCAUAGGAAUGACUGCGGGCAUCAACAUCGAAAGGAGAGUUCAAGAACCAGGCUAUAUGCCGACAGCCACUGUCCGUGGUCGUCCAACUUGUAAAACGAUGCACAAUGUUGAGUUCUUCCCCGGCUGACUCUAUCCGAAUCCCUCAAUCUGUCCAGACUCCACGACAAGUCCCAGGUCUACUUUUCCGUUAGAAACCUCAGAAAUGCUUGACUAACGAUCAACCCAUCAUGGGGCAAGUCCAC